CAUGCGCGGCUCCGCGCGCGGCUUCUCAAACAUGGCGGCGGCGGCGUGAAGACCUGUACCGGCUCGCUGGACCAGUGUGACAGAAUUUCCCUCUUUUCGCCGACGAGACUCGAGGAAAGAACACCAGAGAGGGAUACCAUGGGGCAAACAGUGAAUGAAGAGUCAAUGGAUGCAAAGAAGGAGAAUCAAGAGAAGGCUCCUCAGUCAGGCACAUCUUCUGUGCAAGAUGAUGAUUUUAACUGGGAAAAUUACUUGAAAGAGACUGGAUCUUUAAGUGCUCCUUCAGAGUGUUUCAGACAGUCCCAGAUUCCACCAGCUAAUGACUUCAAAGUUGGUAUGAAACUGGAAGCCCAUGACCCUCGCAAUAUGAUUUCAAUAUGUAUCGCCACAGUCGUUGGAAUUACUGGUGCCAGGCUACGUUUAAGACUGGAUGGUAGUGACAACAGAAAUGAUUUUUGGCGGCUUGUUGAUUCUCCGGACAUACAGCCUGUUGGGACAUGUGAAAAGGAGGGGGACUUACUUCGGCCUCCACUGGGGUACCAGAUGAACACAUCAUCUUGGCCAAUGUUCCUCUUGCGAACACUGAGUGGAUCUGAAAUGGCACCUGCAACAUUCUUUAAGAAGGAACCACCAAAGCCACCUGUAAAUAAUUUUAAAGUGGGAAUGAAACUUGAAGCUAUAGACAGAAAGAACCCUUAUCUGAUCUGCCCUGCAACUAUUGGAAAUGUUAAAGGAGAUGAAGUUUAUAUCACAUUCGAUGGCUGGAGUGGAGCUUUUGAUUAUUGGUGCAAGUAUGAUUGUCGAGAUAUUUUCCCAGUUGGGUGGUGUCGCCUGACAGGAGAUGUAUUACAACCACCAGGAACUUAUGUUCCUGUUACAAAGAAUAUAGCAAAAACACAGCCUUCUCCUUCCAAAGCAACCCAGCGUUCAAUGCAGUCUCUACAGAAAACUGCUGUAAUAUUACCAACACAGCAGAUCAGGAAAUCAGGUCGUACUAAACCACCUGCACAUACUUCAGUCCCCAAGAAGGGGAGUUCUGUUAAAAAUAUCACACCAAGGAAAAAAGGCCCAAACUCAGGAAGAAAGGAAAAACGUAUUCCUGUUGUAUGUUCCACAUCUUCAGCUUCUGUCAGUAUGCUGGCCAGAGGACGUGGUGGUGUUUUAUAUGAUAAGGAUACUGUUCCUGGAUCAUCUAAAAUAGUGAUGUCUACAGUCUGUGUCUAUGUAAACAAAUAUGGAAGCUCUGGCCCUUACCUGGAUCAGAAUAAAAUCCAGCAGCUGCCCGAUCACUUUGGCCCAGGCCCUGUCAAUGUGGUGCUCCGGCGGACGGUGCAGGCCUGUGUGGAUUGUGCCAUUCAAAGUAAGACUGUUUUUGGAUUCCUUAAGCCAGAUGAUCGUGGAGGAGAAGUGAUAACCGCCUCCUUUGAUGGGGAAACUCAUUCCAUCCAGCUCCCUCCAGUGAACAGUGCAUCAUUUGCUCUUCGCUUUCUUGAGAAAUUGUGCCACAGCCUGCAGUGUGAUAACCUUUUGAGUAGCCAGCCUUUUAGCUCUUACAGAGGUAAUGGUCAUAGUCCUGCAGAGCAUGAUCAAAAUAAUUCAGUAAAAGAAGAUACAACAGAAAAGAAAAGCACCAAACGACCUUCUCAGGAACCUCUGCCUUAUGUUGCUACUCUCUCUCCUAAGCGCCCCAAAACAGAAGUGCAUGCCUCUGAAGAAGAAGUAUUAUCUUCUGAGGGAAAUGGCAUGCCCAAAGGGGAAAUGCUUUCUGAAGAGUCCAAAAACUCACCACUAAAUCCAGCAACUUCUUUGAAUCCUGCCAGCACAAAUCCUAUAAGCACUCAUACUCCGGUCUCCAGUAGUGUUUCUCAAAGUGUGCCAUGCACCUCGAGUUCAACACUGGUAGGGACCGAAUCACCUCCCAAGAGCAGUCACCAUGAAGUUACAUUCCAGAUGCAGAGGAAAAGUGAAGCUCCAAGUUAUAUAGCUGUACCUGACCCCAGUGUCCUGAAACAAGGCUUCUCUAAGGACCCUUCAACCUGGUCUGUGGAUGAAGUGAUACAGUUUAUGAAACAUAAAGAUCCUCAGAUAUCAGGCCCCCUCGUCGACCUCUUCAUGCAACAUGAGAUUGAUGGGAAGGCUCUGCUACUACUCAAAAGUGAUGUGAUGAUGAAGUAUAUGGGGCUGAAGUUGGGGCCAGCCUUAAAGUUAUGUUAUUAUAUUGAAAAACUUAAAGAAGGAAAAUAUAAUUGAAAAAAAAUGUGUAAGUUUAGACAUAAUUUUCAAUUGUCUUGAUAACUUUUUAAUUUAAAAAUAUUUUUAUUCUCAUAGCAGUUUUUGUUCUGUAGACAGUUCCUCUAAAACUACGUUAUAUCCAGAAUUGCAGAAGUACAUUACAAGUCCAGUCUACUUCUUUAAAACACAUUAACAUGUUAGUAUUAGCAUAUUCAACUUGGCAGUCCUUUAUGUCUUUUUAUUAUUUUACACUUUACAAUUUAUUAUUUAAUUGUACAGUUUACAAAUAUACUUAAUGCAGGAAACAGAGAAACACCAUUGAUUUUGAUUAAUGUUUAUAUGUAAAACCAAAACAGCUACAUCCCAAAGGGGGGAAAGUAUCAGGGACUGACAGGCUCUCUAGUGAAAUCCAUGAGAAAUUUUCCUUAGAAAAGAAUUUAAAGAUGCAACUGUAGAUAUCAUCUCUUUUUCAAAUAUUUUAUGUCUGUUACUGCAAUGUUCUGUUUGUGUUCUACCAAUUUCCGGAAAGGGAAUAGCCAUAUAAAUUAUUUUCCUUUCGUUAUUAUUUCUCUGUAUGUUGUGUUUGUUCAUAUUUAAAGAAAAAAAACAAGCUUAUAAACUUUCAUAAAGUGUUCUUAUCAGUUUUUGAUAAAUUUCAAACAAUUGUAAGAUAGAAUGGUUGUUUUAUGCAGGAGAUAUUAUACUACAAGUGUAGUUUGGAUGGAGUCUGAUUAAAAUUUUUCAGUGAAAUACCCAUUAUUUCAAAACUUUACAUAUUUUUUCUAAGCUUAGACAUUUAACUAGGCAUUCAUUUCUCAUAUCUCUAUAUGAGGACACCUGUGCCCAAAUUUUUAAAAUAUAUAUAUUUUAUUGUCUGUUUAUUCUUCAUACAGAUACUAUACCAUAUUUAUAUAUUAUUCUAUACCUGUAGGUAUUCAAACAAAUCUGUUGUUUUUGAAUUUAAUAUGGCACUUUGCACUGCCACAGAGGUAAUGGUGAACUAUUUAUAUAGUUGGAUGUUUUUAUUCUGAAAAAUAUACGUGCAUCAUUUGCUAUCACUAGUACCUCUCAGCUUAGUCUUCAGGGGAUAAGAAACAAUCCAUAGAUUGGUUUCCAUACAGGGAAGUUCUCUGUCCUAUGCAAUGUUGCUAGUUAAUUUGCUUAGUUCUGAGCCAUUUAUUCUGCUAAAUUUUGGAAGAUGCAUUAAUUCAGCCUUAUCAUUUUGGGCUUUAUUUUUAAAGUUAGAACUUUCAAGGGGAAAUGGUGCUAUAUGUUUAUUGCUAAUUAGUUUGUAUAAGUUUGGUGUAAUGUUAAUAAGCUAUGAGAAUCUGUGCUAAAAGUAUUAGCCAUUUGUUAUAAAUGCCAAUAAAAUGUACACCAGGGGCAAGAAUGUACAUUUUCUUUUUUAGAAAACCAAAUGUACUUUAUAUGAGAAUGCUUCUAUUUAAAGGGUGGUUUCAUCUAUGUUAUUCAUUUUGUGUUAUAAGACAAAAUUCUAAUUUAAACUUGGUCUUCUCUCAAAUUGUUUGUGUGAAGAUGCUGUGCCCAGUUAAACAGUCCUCAGGUGUUUGUAUAAAUACUGUUUUACAGUUUUCAGAUUUUAAAAUAUAAUAAAGUUUAAUAACCACAGCCAUUAAUGUCAGAGCCUCAGAUUUGAUUUUACU